GGAUGACAAUGCUACCCCCACUCACGAUGUGAUCUCCAGGCGGUGAAUACAACCUCAUUAUCUGGUGUACGAGAAGGAUAUAUGAUCAAUCGCGUUUUGCGGCUUUCGAGUGCGAAUAUGGCAUUAGAAACGUUCGGGUUAUCCGAUAUCGUCUUGAGAUUGACUACUCCGCCAUUCACGCCGAUGAAGAAUCUAUUGAUCUCAACUUCUAUCAAACUACGAAGAGCCAAAUCUAUAAUUCUCAAUUCUAAUUCUCUUCGCCCCGCAUCUUUCUCUCCGUCACCAGCUCAAUGGCACCCAUCAAAGUCGCCGUCCUGGACGACUACCACAAGAUCUCCUCCGAGUUUCUGGCCAAACUCCCCUCAUCCGCUUUCGAAAUAACCUACUUCCCCUCCACCCUCCCCUCCUACGCCCACCCCUCCACCGCCACCUCCAGCAAAGCCGAGCUCGUCGCCCGCCUCGCCCCCUUCGAAAUCAUAUCCACAAUCCGCGAACGCACCCCCUUCCCCGGCGCCCUCCUCGAGCAGCUCCCAAACCUCAAGCUCCUCCAGACCACCAGCACCCGCAACCUCGCUAUCGACCUCGAUGCAGCACGCUGCCUCGGUAUCGCCGUCGUCGGCACGUCAUUUUGUGGCAAGCCUGCUGAUGCACCACCCGGGCCGGAUAGUACUACGCAGCACACUAUCGCUCUCAUCCUCGCCCUUGCGCGCAACAUUCCUGCCGAUGACUUAGCCGUCAAGACAGGCGCAUGGCAGACCACUCUCGCCCUGCCUCUGGCAGGGAGAACAGUCGGUAUCGUAGGCCUCGGCCGCCUCGGUAUUGCCGUAGCUUCUAUCCUGUAUCGCGCAUUCGGGAUGUGCGUGGUAGCCUGGAGCUCUAGUCUGACUCAGGAGGCAGCAGAUGAGAAAGCCGCUGCUGAAGGCUUGCUCAUCGAGAGUGCGUGGGGCAAGACGUUCGAGGUUGUGACGAAAGAGGAGCUGUUCCGCCGCGCGGACGUGGUUAGUGUGCAUUAUGUCCUCUCGGAGCGUUCGCGUGGGGUGGUUGGGCGCGCGGAGCUGGCACUAUUGAAGCCAUCUUCGCUUCUGGUUAAUACCUCGCGCGGUCCGCUCGUUGACGAGGAGGCGCUGCUGGAGGUGCUGAAGGAAGGCAAGAUUGGAGGGGCGGCGCUGGAUGUGUAUGAGCUUGAGCCACUACCGAAGGAGAGCGAGUGGCGUAGUGAGAAGUGGGGGAAGGAGGGGAGGAGCAGGCUCGUGCUCACACCGCAUAUGGGGUAUGUUGAGGAAGGGACGCUGAGACCGUGGGCGGAGGAGGCUGUGCGGAAUAUAGAGAAGUGGGGGAAAGGCGGAGGAGGGGAACUGACUACGUUGUCGGGGUAAUGAGUGCGGUUGCAGCUCUGUGCGUGUAUCGUAGGCCGGCUGUAUGAUAAAUCGAUGAGGGUG